AGGCCCAGGGAGAGCAGGGCAGGCCCCUUUCCUCGCAGGGGCCUGCUCAGAGUUCAAGGGUUCUGGGGAGAUCAUCCAGGCUUCCUUUAAACUGCUGCUGCAGCCGAGCCUGGAGUUUGGAGUUUGACCUGUGUGGAACUUUCUCAGCAGGGAGGCAGAACCAUCGCUAUCCUCUGCCGCAAAGGACAGGAAAUCCCAGGGGUGUCCCUCCUCACAGUCCCUGAGAACCUAGGGCGGUAGGGUCUGCAUCCAGAAGAAGGACUGGGAAGUUCAUUCAGCACCAUGGAGAGCGGCACCCUCAGCCCUCAACCUCCACAGUCUGAUGCCCCGGAGGCUUUCUCCCAGAAGAGCCUGGAGCCCUGGGACAUUGCUGUCUUGGUUCUGUACUUCCUCUUUGUCCUGGCUGUUGGAUUAUGGUCCACAGUGAGGACCAAGCGAGACACAGUGAAAGGCUACUUCCUGGCUGGAGGUGACAUGGUGUGGUGGCCGGUGGGUGCAUCCUUGUUCGCCAGCAACGUUGGAAGCGGACACUUCAUUGGCCUAGCAGGGUCCGGUGCUGCUGUGGGCAUUUCUGUCGCUGCCUAUGAGCUUAAUGGCUUGUUUUCUGUGCUGAUGCUAGCCUGGAUCUUCCUUCCCAUCUACAUUGCUGGCCAGGUAACCACGAUGCCAGAAUACCUAAGGAGGCGCUUCGGGGGCAGCAGGAUCUCCAUCACCCUGGCUGUGCUCUAUCUAUUCAUCUACAUCUUCACCAAGAUCUCAGUAGACAUGUAUGCAGGUGCCAUCUUCAUUCAGCAGUCCCUGAACCUGGAUCUGUACCUAGCCAUAGUGGGGCUGCUGGCCAUCACAGCUCUGUACACCAUUGCAGGUGGUCUGGCUGCUGUUAUCUACACAGAUGCGCUGCAGACUGGGAUCAUGCUCGUAGGGGCAUUCAUCCUGAUGGGCUACAGUUUUGCAGCUGUUGGUGGGAUGGAAGGCCUGAAGGAUCAGUACUUCUCAGCCCUGGCUAGUAACCGGAGUGAGAACAGCAGCUGUGGGCUGCCCCGAGAAGAUGCCUUCCACAUCUUCCGAGACCCAGUGACCUCUGACCUCCCCUGGCCUGGGAUCCUGUUUGGAAUGUCCGUCCCAUCUCUCUGGUACUGGUGCACAGAUCAGGUGAUUGUUCAGCGGAGCCUGGCUGCCAAGAACCUGUCUCAUGCCAAAGGAGGUUCCCUGAUGGCAGCGUACCUGAAAGUGCUUCCUCUUUUCCUAAUGGUGUUCCCUGGUAUGGUCAGCAGAGUCCUCUUUCCAGAUCAAGUGGCCUGUGCUCAUCCCGACAUCUGCCAGCAGGUCUGUAGCAAUCCCUCUGGCUGUUCAGACAUCGCAUAUCCUAAACUUGUGCUGGAACUUUUGCCCACAGGACUCCGUGGGCUCAUGAUGGCUGUGAUGGUGGCGGCUCUCAUGUCCUCCCUCACCUCCAUCUUUAACAGCGCCAGCACCAUCUUCACCAUGGACCUGUGGACCCACAUCCGGCCACGGGCAUCUGAAAGGGAGCUCAUGAUUGUGGGCAGGGUGUUUGUGCUUGUGCUGGUGCUGGUCUCCAUCCUCUGGAUCCCUGUGGUGCAGGCCAGCCAGGGAGGCCAGCUUUUCAUCUACAUCCAAUCCAUCAGCUCUUACCUACAGCCGCCAGUGGCUGUGGUCUUCAUUAUGGGAUGUUUCUGGAAGCGUACCAAUGAAAAGGGUGCCUUCUCAGGUCUGAUCUUGGGCCUGCUGCUAGGAUUGGUCAGGCUGGUCCUGGACUUUAUCUACGUGCAGCCUCGGUGUGACCAGCCCGAUGAGCGCCCAGCUGUGGUGAAGGAUGUCCACUAUCUCUACUUCUCCAUGAUUCUGUCUUCUGCCACCCUCAUCACUGUGAUCACCGUGAGCUGGUUCACAGAAAAACCCUCCAAAGAGAUGGUCAGCCGCCUGACUUGGUUUACUCGUCAUGAGCCUGUGGUCCAAAAGGACCCAGUGCCACUGGAAAACCCCCUGACUACAAACCUUCCUCAGAAUGGGACUACAGAGGCCACCAGCACCAGCAUCCAGUUGGAGACAAUUCAAGAAAAUAAGAGCAAAACCCAUAGCCAGGAUGUGUCCCCCAAACAGUCCAAGGUGCUGAAGGCUAUGCUGUGGCUCUGUGGAAUGGAAAAGGACAAAGAGGAGGCCCCAAGCAAAGCAGAACCUGUGAUAAUUUCCUUGGAGGAGAAUCCCCUGGUAAAAACCGUGCUGGACGUCAACUGCCUUGUGUGUAUCAGCUGCGCCAUCUUCCUCUGGGGCUACUUUGCCUAACGCGGGGGAGUCCGGGGAAUCCAAGCUCUCUGUGUGUUUUCAGUGCCUUGUUAUUUUUUUUUUAACAAUAGAAAACAAAAUGAUAAUAAAGCCUGUGUUUGUUUACCAUAAA